GCCCCAGCCGGCCACAGCGUGAUCCCCUGAGAGCCCCAGCAUUCACCUGCGGGGCUGCACACAGAGGCUGGGCAAGGCAGGCUCUCAGCCAGCAGCCGGCCCUGUGCGCACAUGGCCCUGUGUGUUUAAAGGGCCGGCGGCCAGGGAGAAGCAGCGCCCGGCGGGGACCAUGAAGGCGCUCCUGCUACUGGUCCUGCCUUGGCUCAGCCCUGCCAACUACAUUGACAACGUGGGCAGCCUGCACUUCCUGUGCUCAGAACUCUGCAAGGGCGUCUCCCACUACGGCCUGACCAAGGAAAGGAAGCGACGCUCCCAGCAUGGCUGUCCCGAGGGCUGCGCGAGCCUCACAGCCACGACGCUGUCCCCAGAGGCCUCCACAGCCACCACCAGCCCCUGUGCCGCGGACGAGCCCGGCCUGGACAACCCUGCCUACGUGUCCACGGCGGAGGACGAGCCACCAGCCAACAGUGUGGCCGACGCCGGCCACAGCAACCCAGUCCGGGCGCGGCCCUUUGAGCGGUCCACCAUCAGGAGCCGCUCCUUUAAGAAAAUCAACCGCGCGCUGAGUGCUCUCCGGAGGACCAAGAGUGGUGGGGGCGCGGUGGCUGGCCCCGCUGGCCAGGGCGGGGACAGUUCUGAAGACAUCGCUGGCCCGGAAGCCUACCCGAGGCUGUAUCACCUGAUUCCGGACGGGGAGGUCACCAGCGUCAAGAUCACCCGCACGCAUCCCCGGGAAAGCCUCUCCAUGAGGCUCGUGGGGGGCAGCGAGACGCCGCUGGUCCACAUGGUCAUCCAGCACAUCUACCGCGACGGCGCCAUCGCCAGGGAUGGCCGGCUCCUGCCGGGGGACAUCGUGCUGAAGGUCAACGGCAUGGACAUCAGCAGCGUGCCCCACAACUACGCCCUGCGCCUGCUGCGCCAGCCCUGCCAGGUGCUGCGGCUGACCGUGCUGCGCGAGGACAAGGUCCGGAGCAGGAGCAGCGCGCAGGCCCCAGACGCCCGCGGGCCCCGGGACAGCUUCCACGUGACCCUCCACAAGAGCAGCCCCGAGGAGCAGCUGGGAAUCAAACUGGUGCGCAAGGCGGAUGAGCCCGGGGUGUUCAUCUUCAGCGUGCUGGACGGCGGCCUGGCCGACCGCCACGGGCAGCUGGAGGAAGACGACCGCAUCGUAGCCGUCAACGGCCACGACCUCCGAUACGGCAGCCCAGAAAGCGCGGCUCAUCUCAUCCAGGCCAGUGAAAAGCGCGUCCACCUCGUGGUGUCCCGCCACGUGCGACAGCAGAGCCCCGAUAUCUGUCAGGAGGCCGGCUGGAGUGGCGGCGACGGGAGCCACGCUCACCAGCCCCUCCAUCCCACAGCCACCUGUCAUGAGAAGGUGGUAAGUGUCCAGAAAGACCCCAGCGAGUCCCUCGGCAUGACGGUUGCAGGUGGCGCGUCACACAGCGAGUGGGACUUGCCCAUCUACAUCAUCAGUAUUGAGCCUGGAGGAGUCAUAAGCCGAGACGGAAGAAUAAAAACAGGUGACAUUCUGCUCAACGUGAAUGGCACGGACCUCAGCGAGGUGAGCCGCAGCGAGGCCGUGGCCCUGCUGAAAAGCACGUCGUCCUUGGUGGUGCUGAGGGUCUUGGAAGUCAGGGAGCCCGAGCCCCAGGAAGAGGACAGCAGCCCCGUGGCCCUGGACGCCAGCCACGACGCGACCCCCUCUGGCGACUGGGCCCCGUCCUGGGUCAUGUGGCUGGGGCUGCCACGGUACUUGUAUCCCUGCAAAGACGUUGCACUACGAAGAAACGCGGCCGGCAGCCUGGGCUUCUGCAUCGUGGGAGGGUAUGAAGAACACAGCGGAAACAAGCCUUUCUUUAUCAAAUCCGUGGUGGAAGGCACACCAGCAUACAACGACGGAAGGAUCAGGUGCGGCGACAUCCUCCUCGCAGUCAACGGCCGGAGUACAGCAGGAAUGACGCACGCCUGCCUGGCUCGAAUGCUCAAAGAACUCAGAGGAAGAAUUACUCUCACCCUGGUGUCCUGGCCUGGCACGUUCUUGUAGCAUCAGCGGGUCAGGGAACAUCACACACGGGCUAAGUUGGAACAAUGUAUUUAUCUUGUCAGUUUUUAUAGUGAAAGAAAACUUGGUGAAAAUGUCAGAAAAGGCCUAGUCCAAUAAAGCCAAUUGCACCUCAGAAAAUAUGACUCUCAAAAAAUAAAAACUACUACAGAAUGGUCUGAUCUAGGAUGCAGCACUUCACUGUACUCCUCCACUUGUAUUUUGUACUCAAUAAAAAGCUCUCGAGCACCUGAAAUGGUUUGUUAUGGCCCACCGAAUUCAAAUCAUCAACUCAAAUGCUGGUUUAGGCUGAGAUCAGCAAAGGGUACAUUACGGGCAUUUUUAAUUUAAAGCAAGAGCAUUUUUAAAAAUGCAUUCAUUGCUGAAAAACAUUCAUCAAAUGAGAAAUAAAUAUUUUUCCA